AUGGCGACGGUUCUGUCUGCCUGGCCGGCGGCGGGAUUGACGGGUAGCAAGGCGAAUGAGUUUUUGUCGGCACUCAAUUCUUCCGUGAUCUCCCGGGGUGUUGCGGGCGUGAAGGUUGGUCAGAUCACGAUCCAACCCGCCCCGACCACCACGACAACGACUACCACGACGACCACCACCACGACAACCACCACGACGACGAUCGCGCCACAGCUCCGGCUAUCCUGUGCAAAAGCAUCGUACUCGUAGAAGUAAUUGCAGUCAUGCAUGACAAAUCUGGUUCCUUAGCUUAUUCAGCAUUACAAAUUUCAUUUUUCCUUCUGGAAAAAUUUGUAAUGUAAUACUAUUUCUACUAGUACGAUACUUUUGCAAUGCAUACCGGCAGUACGACAUCGAUUUCACGGUGGACCCCGCGAUUAUCAGCGACAAGGCUACCCUGGCGACGAACACGCAACUGCUGCACGCCUUGGCGAAGGGUGCGCUGGAUUUCAUGAACGCAAAGGGGCUGGACAACAGCACGGGCACUACGAUGCUGAAAAACCAAACGCUGACCAUCACGCAGUCGGGGACGUCAACCAACCCUGACUCACUGGAAACGGUGUCUAAAUUCAAAAUGACCGGUGACUCCGACGCGAUGCAAUCCGUCAUUGACGCCUGGCCGCCCGCGGGGCUGACCGGGAACGGGGCGAAUGAGCUGCUGGCAGCCAUCAACAGCUCGGUGAUCGCGGCGAACAUCGAUGGGGUGAAGGUCGGGCAGCUGGCACCGCUGCCCGCGCCGACCACCACUACGACCUCCACUACAACCACGACAACCACCACGACGACGACGACCACCACCAGCACCGAGGGGUCGGAGAUCCGCCAGUUCGAUUUGGACUUCACGGUCGAUGAUAGUAUCGUCUCAGAUAAGAACACGCUUGCUUCGAACACAGAAUUAUUAAAAGCGUUGCUGAAAGGGUCGAAAGACUUCUUAGAAGCGAACGGGUUUGACAAUUCCACCGGGUCCGCGAAACUUUCGAACCAAACCUUAGAAAUCGUCCCGCCGGCCGCCGGCACGACGGCGGGGGACGAUUAUCUCGAAACCGUCAGCAAAUUCACGGUCCAGGGGGACAACCAGACCAUGACGAGCCUCCAUGCCGCGUGGUCGGUUGCCGCGCUCACCGGGGCGAAAGCGAACGAACUGCUGGAUUUCGUCAACAAGAGUGUCGUUGCGGCAAGUCUUCCCGGUAUUUUCGUCGGCAAGCUGGCACCGUUGCCGGGAAUCACCACUACGACGACCACCACGACAACGACCACGACGAUCACGACCACCGUCACAACGACGACUGCGACGACCACUACCACUGUGGGCGAGACGCUCGUCUCCCGGGAAUUCGGCAUGCAGAUUGAGGCGGAUGAUGAAUCUGUGCUGCAAGACCCGGCUAUGGUGUCCGCGGUUGCGGACGGUGCGCUCAAGUUCCUGCAGGACGGAGGUUUGGCCGGCGCGACGAAGGACGAUAUCAAGGAUCUGAAGCUGACCGUAACCGGCAGCACGGUUCUCCUCGGGACGUCCAUGCAAAUGCGGAUCAGCGGGAAGACGAAGCAGACGAAGCGAUCCACUAAAGCGGCGUUGGAUGUGAAGACCAGCUUCUCCGUGGCGGUAGACCCCAGUGAAGUCGCGGCGCUGGAUGCCGCGUGGCCGCCAGCGGGAUUGGACACGUCUGCUUUGUCCAGUCUCGGCGACGCGGUGUCGAACUCCGUCGCGGCAGCGGCGUUGCCCGGCGUGGACGUGAAGGGGGUGACCUCCAUGGUGGCACCUAGCACGACCACGACCACCACGACUACAACCACCACGACGGUCGGGAAGCAAACACGCCAAUUCGAUCUGGACUUCGGGGUCAACACAACGGUCAUUUCGGACAAAAAUACGUUGAUCACGAAUGAAAAGCUGUUAGCUGCUUUGCUGAAGGGAUCAGUGGACUUCCUAACUCAACACGGACUGGACAACUCGACCGGAAAAGCGGUUGUCGGGAACCAAACUUUAACCGCCGUCCCUCCGGCGCAGGGUACAAGUGGCACACCGGACUAUUUGGAAACGGUGUCGAGCUUCGACAUCAACGGCGACACGCAAGUGAUCGACAGCGUCUUGAAUGCGUGGCCGAUCACGGCUUUGACCGGCACGAAAGCGAACGACUUACUCACCGCGUUGAAUUCUUCCGUUUUAGCCGCGAACAUCCCGGGCGUGCAGAUCGGGAAGCUCACCCCGAAAGCCGCGCCGACCACGACCACAACGUAUCAAAUGCAAAAAUGUCUGGGUCCUCUGGAAGAAUGCGCGAUUUGUCAUGCAGCUUUUCCAUGACCCCUGAGGUCUGGAAUGCAGGACCUAGCAUGACAGAUUCUGCGCGAUCUCUCUCAUGCCUAUCCUGCAUGAGAAACCCCCUCCCGACUUGGUCAAAACUGGGCGACUUUUGGUAAUCAUGCAACACAGACUCUUGCAUGCUUCAGAGUUAGCAUGACAAGUUGCAUUCUUCCAGACCCAGACACUUUUGCAUUUGAUACAACGACGACCACCACGACGACGGAGCGGUUCGAGCUUCGCCAGUUCGAUUUGGAUUUCACUGUCAACAAGACCCUGCAGCCAGACCCGGACGCGUUGCCGCAGAACCAGAAACUGCUGACCGCUAUUGCGGAGGGUUCACUAGAAUUCUUGAAAGCGGGCGGGUUGACGAAUUUGACUGUAACGGGCAUGCUGUCCAAAACCUUGACGAUCGUGAGCACAAGUUCCUCCUGGUUCAUGCUGAUCGAAAUCGAGGAGAAGUUCGGGAAGAAGAAGGAGAAUGUGUAUCUCGAAACGGUCUUCAGCUUCGGCGUAUCAAAUGCAAAAAUGUCUGGGUCUGGAAAGUGGUAACUUGUGUUGCUGUCUGUGGAUUCCAAACAAAUAUGUAUUGCAUGACUAGCAAGAGGAGUCCAGUUUUUGCCACGGCGAGCGGGCAUUUCUCAUGCGGAACAGGCAUCAGGAAGCCCUCUCAAAACCUGUGAUGCUAGACCAUGCAUUACAGACCUCGUGGGUCAUGGAAAACCUGCGUGACAAAUCUUCCACUCUUCCAGACCGAGACAUAUUUGCAUUUGAUACGGCGUGAAGGGAAGAAACGCCACCAUGGACCAAUUGGAAGCCGCCUGGCCGGCUGCGAAUUUGGAUGACGUCCAGACCCAGGUGCUCAUAUCCUGUGCAAAAGUAUCGUAUUCGCUAUUGCAAUCCUGCAUUACAAAUCUUUUUCUUAAGGUGCAUCUGCAUUACAAAUUUCCUGUCUCAUGCUGAGGAAAUUUGUAAUGCAUUUAUACGAGUACGAUACUUUUGCAGUUCAUAGCUCACCGCUUUGGUGAAUAAAACGGUGGUAGCCGCCGCGAUUCCCGGCCUUCAGGUCGGGAAAAUCAAACCUCUCGCUGCCCCAACCACCUCCACCACGACGACCAGCACCACGACGACGGCAACACUACCGCCCUUGGAAGAGCGGUCGUUCGACAUGGCGAUGACGUUGGAUGACAGUGUGUAUCAAACCCAAGCCGACUAUGACAAUUUAAUGGACGACGCGGAGCUCCAGCAGGCGGUCAAAGACGGCGCCUUCGAGUUUUUCGCCGCGUCAAUACCGUUUUUUGCCAAGAGCCAAAUCGCGGACGUUGACCUGAACAUAACCGGAACGGCGAACACCACUGCGAAUCUGACCGAAUUGGACAGGUUCACGAGGUCCGGGAAGGACGGGCACGGAAAGCGGCCAUCGUUACUGUUUCUGUUCGAAAUGGAGAGCACCAUGAAGCGGGAGAAGGAGCAGAAGGAGGCUUUGCUGCAGCAGUCUGCGGUGGCGUACAAGAAGAUGAAACGGGCGCCGCAGCAGGUGCAGGUGAACGUGCAACUCGGAAUUCAAGUGACCAGGAGUCCCACGCAACUCGCGCAACUCCAGGCGACGUGGCCGAGCGGCGGUGGCUUGCCGUCCGCAGCGAACAAGCAGCUGCUCGCGGCGGUGAAGUCCUCGGUUGCGGCGGCUAACAUCCCCGGCGCGGCGGUUGGACAAGUCGCCGCGGUGUUGGCGUCGACCAUAUCAAAAUGACAAAUCCCCCCACCCCAUAUCAAAACGAAGUUUGUGAUGCUGGAUUUGCGUACACAAAUCUGAUUUGUCUUGCUGGAGAGGACUGCAGCCCCAUACCAAGCCUGAGCAGAGAGGUUUUAGACUAGGCUCUUGGCAUGAGAAACGUCUGCGCUGUAGGCCCAACAGCAUAACAAAUCGCCCGCAUGAUGCGGCGGAGCCUGUUGAGUUGCAUUCUUGCAAGACAGAGAUGAUUUGUGGCCGCAAAUCAGCACCGCGACGUACCUUUUCGAUAUGGGGAGGGGGGAUUUUUCCUGACAAUAGACCACGACGACGACCACGACAACCAGUACCACGACGACACCCUUGGUGCUGUUGUUCGAGCGCUAUUUGGCCGUCAGGAUGGCGGUGUCGCAAUCUCGGUUGAUAGCGAUGGAUUUGUGCAAUGAUCCUUUGAUCCUAGGAGCGGUCGCCACGGGCAUCACGGAAAUUUUCGCGGUGUACGGCGUCCUCGUGAAUGCCGACGAGUGGAUGAUCCACUGCAAGAUCGACGAGAAUUAUCCAAGAAAAGAACACCAUCGCAAUCACUUUUGCACAUUUUUGCAAUACAAAAAUUUUUGUCAUGCGCAAAAAUGCAUCACAGUCAACACUUAUAGCCGAUUUCCCUGGGUGUUUUUGCAAUACAAGAAAAGUUUGUUAUGCGAGACAAAUUUCUGAUGCAAAACCUCCCAUGUGUGAUUGUGAUGGUGUUUUUUUCUUGGAUAAGAAUGUGGAUUUGUUGACUGGCAGAGCGAUCGAUAUUCCAAAAGAGUACUUCACCGAUGGCUAUGAGAAAGACCAAAACCAGCUGAUGCUCUUGCAGCAGGUAUCCUGAGUAAAAACAUCCCCACAACAGAGUCAAGAUGGGGAUUUUGCAACACAAACCUAGAACUUUUGGGGGUCACGCAUCACAAGUUGCACUCCGUAGUGUAGUGCAGGUUCGCAAGGCCAGCUGCAUCAGAAAUCCAUCUGCUCAUCCUGCUUACAGCAUUACAAAUUCCAAAACACGACUGAAAAUGCCUCUCCUGGCGAUGCGCAUUACAAAUGUUCCUGUGCUUGCAAAUCUGCAUGACAACUCUGGUGUGGGGACGUUUUUACUCAGGAUAGCAGGACGCAGAGGGAAAUGCGGUCCUCGCGGCCGACAGUGAUGUUGAUGAUCACGCAGGCGCCACUUCUACUGCCCUCGAAGUUCUUCGGCCAGUAGCAGCACAACUUCAACUCCCACAACUUCCCGCCCGGCAGUCCAAGGACUCGACCGCGCCCCUCGAGCGCGCGAUCGAGUCAUUGUCUAACGGCCGCAUGGAGCGCCGCGUGGCGCUGCUGCAGCAACACUUGGAGGCGAUAAGCAGUAAAGAGAGAACUACGACGAGAAAUAAUGGCCAGAAGGUCCUCUCGGCCGGUAGUGGUACCAUCGCAGGUCUGUCGACGGUCUCGGGAACAGCUUCUACAACCCGGCGCAGGAGACGAGCCGUGGAGCAGUUCCAGGAUGUGACUUUUCUGUUCAAAGUCAGCUACAUGCUGACCUCCGUUCCCGUAUCAGAAUGAAAAAUCCCCCCUCCCCGCUUCAAUAACGAGGUUUCUGAUGCUGGAUUUGCGUACACAAAUCAACAGAUUUGUCUUGCUGGCGAGGACUGCAGGCCCAUAUCAAGCCUGAGAAGACAGGUCUUGGCCUAGGCGCUUAGCAUGACAGACUUCUACGCUGUAGGAGCAUAAGCAUGACAAACCGCCUGUAGAAUGCGGCGAAGCCUGUGGAGUUGCCUUCAUGCAACACAGAGACGAUUUGUGGCCACAAAUCAGCAACGCAAAUUUUCGAAAACGUACCUUGUCAAUAUGGGGGGGGAUUUUUCCUUUUGAUACCCCGACUAUGAGACGGCCACCAGCUUCUGGUCGCGCCCGCCGACCGGGCUGGCGAGAGCGCAGGUGAAGGUUUUGACGCAUUUGCUCGCGGACUGCUUCGCGGACAGCGGCAUUCCGGGGGUCGCAGUGGUCGGCGUCAACGGCGCACCACGGACCGGCAGUCAAUUCUACAAGAAAAUCCCUUACGUCUCCCACCAAGCGCAGGAAGAAGAGUAUAUGUUCAACCGGGUUUACAGGCUGGUCGAGCUGGCCUUGGAAUCCUCGCUCUUACCCGCGUCUUACCCACUGGCUUUAAAAGAGUCGAUCGAGGAGACGAUCGGAAUUUGGGUGCAGGAUACCUGCAACGCGAUCAACAUCGAGGUUCAGAUGUACCAGUUGGUCAAGUACGGCGUGCCCGGGCAGCAGGUUUCCAACAUUACCAUGCAGUCCGAUCUGUCCCUCAACGCGGAGGCGCUCGAGGCGCAGAGGGUGUUCACGAUGAUUCCAAAUGUGGAAUCAUUGAUCAAAAAAUCGGUCCUGUUGGAAGACAAGCGGGACAUCGGCAGGGACAUUUUGUUCAACGGAGGAGGCGAACUGCCGGGCUUGAACGUGACGAAAGAACCACCUUCACCGAAGGACAAUAGCACCACGACGAUCUUACUCCAGAAGCAGAAAACAGGUGUCAGUGUCAGUUCUGCAAGAAUAACAGCGUUGCAAACGCCACCGACCGAUCCGAACGUUUAUUUCCAGUCGUUGGUCAGCAUCCAGAUGGAUUCCGCCUCGGACUUGGCCAAGCUCAAGUUCCGGUGGGACCAGGAUGUCGGCCUGACUGUGGGCGCAAACUACCAAAUUCGGCAAUUGUUGAACACGGGCUUGGAACGCCGCGGGGUGCCGACUCUGACCGGGGCCAACCAAGAACAUGUGCGAGCAUUCUUGGGAGGACCGGUACAAAAUUGAUGCAGCUGUUGGAACGAAGAUUUUAGAAAAAACAAAAAGACGAGAUCAUCUUAUGACGCAUUCUUGUUCUUCUUUAUUUUCCUACGGUUUAUUGAAUGACAAAAACAAAUGAAGCGGCUGGAGUCAAUGAAGUUGCAAUGGUAAAAAGGUCUGCGACUGCGUCUCUAUAUCAAAUCUUGUCCUCUAUUCUCUCACUUCAGGCUCGGAUUCCGCCCAGCACGACGAGCACAACAACGACGACAAUCGACCCCUUCGCGGGGAUACCAUUGAAUGCCACUACGGCAGCACCAAAUACGACGACGACGACGACGACGUCAACUAGUACGACUACGACAACCACUACCACCGCGGCGCCAACUACGACCGCCGCGCCGGCAAAGCCUUUGCCGGUGCCGCAAAUCAACGUGCAGAUUGGCGGGACCACCCCUUCGCAGACGGCCCCGCCGACCGCAACGGGGUUCCCGCCAAAUUUCCCGCUACCCGUUCCCUCGGGAGGGUAUAAUAGAAGUUGCUUCAUGUUAUAUACGUUUUAUUUUAUCACCAGCUGCCCUCACCCUCAAGACAAACAAAAGUCGGGCUUGUUUCUUGGCAUGCGGACUGUGUCGUGUGUUGAUUCAUGCGGUUUUUUAUUCGGAUCAUGUAGAAGGCCAAACAAAGUACUAAUCUGAAUCACACAGGUACCAACUGCAGAACGCGACGACAAAAUUAGUGGUAAAGAAAUCUUCACGCAAACAAGGCGACGACGUCGCUCCAGCAUGGGCCAAGUCCCUGAUGGAAGACGUUGGCGAACUGAAAAAGACUUGGGAUGCUGAAACAGCAUCUGGAAAUGCUAAAAACCAAGCGCAGAACGCAGACGCAACGACAAGAAUACGGGUCAACAACCAAGGCAGCAAGGCUGCGGCGAGUUACCCAUUACAAACAACGCAUCGCACUGUGUUUUGAUUGCAAUAUUGCAUGAUAGAGUGUUUGCCUUCCAACCAGUAUGCUUGAUGGAUUUUUUAUUUUACUAAAAACUCUAGAGCAAACCGCAUUAUCAUGUUGUUCUUCAUCUUCUGAAAACACACUGUAUUGCAGCCUACACUAGUGAGAUGCUUUUGUAAUGCAUAGGAGCAACCCAACACCAACUUUGAUAUCUACGGACAGUAGGUUACUAGACUCCGCUUCCGCUCCGAGUCCUGCCGCAGCGCCGAAAGCGGGUGCAACGGCGACUGAAGGUACUACCUAUGAUAAGAAUAAAGACGUGUAGACGUCGUGUUGUUGGUCAUGCAACAGAGAAUUGAAGUCAAGUCGAAGUCCUGAGUAUAUUUGCAUGACAAUUUAGAUUUUUGACUCUUAUUGAAACAAAACUACGUUCUCAGGUAGCGACGUUCAGGAUAUUCUGAACCAACUCGACGCUCUCGAGCGCGACGCGGCGAAGAUGCCUGCGGGCGACACGGCCUGGGCGGAACGCAUUGCGAGUCGACUAGAUUCUAUCGGUUUUUUACAAAAGUCAAAACAAGGAUUCAAGACGAAUGAAGCUACGACAUCAUCUUCUUCGGACAUGGAAAGUAGAGUGACGGGCUCUAGUACAACGGAAAAGGAUAUGGCUCAGGCGCAAACAAAAGCAGACGAGCAGCGCCAGGGUACUACAGCAGCUGCUUCGACUUCGAGAAGUGCGACUCCACGGCGACAGCGGGGGUAUGGUCCGAGGACCGCCCCAGCAACGACACCAAAUAAGAGGAUCAGGAUAUGCAUAUAGAAAUUUACCGUGCACGUGCAGAAUUGUGUGCAUGAUUAAAAAUUUUGUUUUUAGCUUUUUUCAGAUGGUAGCAUGAUCGCUGGACGAGCCGGCAGUUGUGAUCCUCAUGCUGAAUAAGUAGUUGGGGACAGAGAGUCUGUCGUGUACGCAGGAAUCGGACUGCAAUGUAUUUGUAUGUGUGCGGUAAAGUUUUUUCUGUUCAUACGGAAGAAUAUACUUCGACAAAGCCACCUCACCAAUAGCAGUGAUGAACAACCAACGGCUCAAUGAGGCCGCGCAAACCUCUGCCCCACGGGGGCCACAAGCGGAGGAACGAUCUGCGGGUCGGGAGGGGCAAAGAACCGUGAAGCAAGUACCUAGCGAAGACCAUCCAGACGAGGGCUCCGCUAGCAGCAUGAGUAAGUUACUCAGCUGGCGGUAA